AUGAAGACAUCACAGCAACACGAAAAAUCAAAGACAGUCCAAGAAGACAAACUAUCAGAAGCCGGUAAAAAAAUCGCCCGAUUAGAAGCCGAGAACACCCAGUUCAAAAAAUCCCUGCUGAAAAAGGACCGAGUGGUCGAGGAGCUAAGCCGGUACAGGUCACAGGUGGAGGCGGAGCUAAAAUCGCUCAUCCAAAGAUUAGAGUCGACUGAGAAGGAAAAUUCCUCCCUCAAAUACGAAAUCCGGGUUCUCGAGAAAGAACUCGAGAUCCGGCACGAGGAGAGAGAGUUUGAUCUCCGAACUGCCGAAGCGGCCCAAAAGAAGCACGUUGAGAGCCUCGAGAAAAUCUCGAGACUCGAAUCGGAAUGUCAGAAGCUCCGUUCGCUCGUCCAGAAACGCUUGCUGGGCCCCACUGCUUUCGCGAGGAUGAAGAACGAGAUCGAGGGGAUCGGGUGGAAGGACUCGCCCGAGAGAUCAAGAAGAAUAUGGUCAAAUCAAAGAUUGACUGGGUCGACGGAUUUCCACGGUGAUGUGGCAGGUGACGGGUUGACUAAAAGGAUUGACUUUUUGAGCGAGCAGUUGCAGAGGAUGGAGGAAGAGAACACAAGGCUAAAAUGCACGCUCGAAGGGAAAACAAUUGACGAACGAGAAAAAUACUCGUUAUAUGCACAGGAAAAAUCUCCGGCGAGUCUGUCUGAGUUGGGCAGUGAUGAGAAAGCUAGCUUUGCUGGGUCCUGGGCAUUUGCCUUGAUAAACGAGCUUGAAAAUUUCAAGAAUGAGAAGAAAAUGAAAACUUACACCCCAGACAUGAAACUCAUGGAUGACUUUGCCGAGAUGGAAAAGCUGGCACAUUCACCUGCAGUAAGCGGGCACUUUUCUCAGGCCACGGAAAAAAAUAGUUUCUUAAAUUUAGAAGCAUGUGGUAAAGGAAAUGAAGAUAAAAAUUGCUUGACUGCAAAAAAGAGUGCGAGUGAGUUCAACGUGAGCGUACCGUUGAAAAAAAUUAUUGAGCUUCUUGAAGGAAUAAAUGCAGUACCACAAGAUGAUAUUGGUAAGAUUUUGCCGAGUAAGGACUUGGCAAACCAAAUGGUUAGAGUGUUCCAAUGUGAAAGUGGGGAAGUAGCAGCUGUUUUGAGACAAUUUGUUCAAACUUGCGAUGACUUGUUGGGUGGAGAAGCUGAUAUUGAACAGUUUGUUCAAUUGGUAGCAUCUAAUUUGGAGUGGGUUAUGAGCCACUGCUUUUCACUUCAAGAUGUCAUGAGCACGAACGAUUACGGUGGAUCAGGUAGACAAUCUGCAGAGACUAGUGAACUGUGUAUUGUAACAGAAGAGGCAAAAAAGUUGAACUUACAACCAGCAAAUAAGGAAUUAUCGGUCCAAGGUCAUGAAGAGCAGCAAAUUAAGAAGGUUGAGACUCUCAGGAUUCAACUUAAAGACUCGAAUGUCAUAAACAAGCAUUCACAGUCAGAGAAGCCUACCAAGAGGGAGUCUGUAGAUAAUAGUUCCGAAGAUCAGACUGAAGAACAGAAGAUAAUGAAACAAGACAGUCAGAGUCGGACACAGAUUGUGAUAACAAACCUUGAAUACAGAAAACCUUGCGAAGAUAUUUCACGUGGAGAAAAUGAUCACGAAAAUACUAGCAAGUCUUUCAAAGAUCUGGAAGAAACAUGCUAUGACCUGAAAAAACAGCUAGAUGGGGAGAGAAGCAAAGAAGUCGCAAAUGACAAAAAUCAACUUCAAAAUGAUGCGGAAAUUACGUCGGCUUCUGAUAAAUUGGCCGAGUGUCAAGCAACCCUCCGAAAUCUGGGGAAGCAAUUAAAGGCAUUGGCUUCCCCUAAAGAAGCAGACCUUUUCGAAAAGGUUGUAUCAACACCGGCUGAUCUUGUUAUUACCAGCAUGUCAACUCCUAAAGGAAAUGGAAACCAAAGACUGUCCCUACUAGAUAAGAUGUUAGCAGAAGACAAUACUGUUCAAAUUGGUGUCUCACCCAAAACGGAAGAUGCUAUUGAGAAUGGACAUGAGAAUUCUGCUUUUAGCAACAAUGCAAGAUCAGAGCCUGGGAGCAACUUUACCGAUCUAAAUGAAAUUGGACAUGAUGCAGACAGAAAUGCAAUUGUUCACAAGGCUAUUGUCCCUCGAAAGAAAAAAGACAGCAAGAGUUUUCUAAAGAAGUUAAUAUGGUGGAAAAAGAGAAGUAAUGGCAAGAAAACACCUUUCCCAUGA